UGACGUCACAGGAGGCGGGGCCAGAGCCGCUGCCGGGUGCUGGAGGCGCCAUUGGAGCCGGCUAGGCUUGCGAGCUCCGCUGAGGAGCCGGAGGUUGGGCCGCAGCUACCUCGGCGUUCGCUCCUGGUCCCUGGCCCCUCAGCGGCAUGGCGUGCGGGGCGACGUUGAAGCGGCCCAUGGAGUUCGAGGCGGCGCUGCUGAGCCCUGGUUCCCCGAAGCGGCGGCGCUGCGCCCCUCUGCCCGGCCCCACUCAGGGCCUCAGGCCCCCGGACGCCGAGCCGCCGCCGCUUCUCCAGACGCAGACCCCACCGCCGACUCUGCAGCAGCCCGCCCCGCCCGGCAGCGAGCGGCGCCUUCCAACACCGGAACAAAUUUUUCAGAACAUCAAACAAGAAUAUAGUCGUUAUCAGAGGUGGAGACAUUUAGAAGUUGUUCUUAAUCAGAGUGAAGCUUGUACUUCGGAAAGUCAGCCUCAUUCCUCAGCACUCACAGCACCUAGUUCUCCAGGUUCUUCCUGGAUGAAGAAGGACCAGCCCACCUUUACCCUCCGACAAGUUGGAAUAAUAUGUGAGCGUCUCUUAAAAGACUAUGAAGAUAAAAUUCGGGAGGAGUAUGAGCAAAUUCUCAAUACCAAACUAGCAGAACAAUAUGAAUCUUUUGUGAAAUUCACACAUGAUCAGAUUAUGCGACGAUAUGGGACAAGGCCAACAAGCUAUGUGUCCUGAAGCUUUCUUGCAUAUCUGGGUACCAGGUUUGACCUCAAGAGAUGGCUGCUGUACACUUUUUGCAACUGGUUUGAUAUCACAUUUCAGCUCCAACUUUGCAUCCUGAGAAUACUUAAACGUUUCUGCAGGUCCAUUUUAUACAACUUGAAAGACCUUAAAACUUUCUGGUUGCCACAAGCAUAUCUUUCUUUUCUGCUCAUCCAAUAAACAGCUGUGCCCUACUGUGAUAGAUUUUCCAAACAAAAAUACCUGGAGCAGCAGUUUAGCAAAAUAUGCCCUCAGUGGCACUCAACAAAUGGAGUUUCCCCAAGCACAGUUCUGUAAGAAGUGUGUGUGAGAGUGUGUGUGUAUGUGUGUGUGUGUGUGUGUGUAUUUUAAGUUAUUAUUUGUAUUGUGCAAAUUUUUUUGAUCUUGGGGAUUCUGGCUGUGAAUUUGAUGCACGACAAUUAUGGUUAAAAACAUUUGCUUGGUCUACAGAAGAUCAUUAAUGUUUUGUGACCAUAUAAGUUGUAACGGUGGAUUGUUUUAUGUUGUAGGUAUUAUUGUUAAAUACAGGGACUGUUUCCAGGCACAGAAUAUGAAUCAUAAGUUAGGAUGGACAUUAGGUGUGAUUAUGAUGACAUAGCAAAGGUCUGUGGUCCUAGGUCUACAAAUGCGUGGUGAGGAAUUAGGACAAACUGGAGACGGGCCGUUUGACACAUGGACUCUGCCUAGCCGUGUUGAAAAAUACUUUGACUCCAAGCCUUAAAAUACCCAUGUGGAGUCUGUGCUCACCUCAUUCACACAGAGAGCUCCCUGGACACUGAACCUCUAAAAAGAAAAAGUCU